AUGCCUAGCAUCUUCCAGGGACACCUACUGCAGGCGGUAUGCUGGCAAGAUACUGUCGUGCCACACGUCACCGGCGAGGGUCGUUCCAGACGCAGGUUGCAGCAGGGGAUCAGCAUGGGCGUGGUUAAUCAGCUGUACACGAUCGUGUGGAAGGACGUGUACGUGCAGGCGAUCAAGCGCCACUACUACGUGACCGCCCUCGAGGUGGUCCUCAUCAUCCUCUCGUUCUUCGCCGUCGAGCACGACCGGCCCAUACUGCCGACCAAACACUGCGACAAGCCUCCGUGCCUGCACUACUCCGAGCCACGCGAGUACCACGAGCGAGACCUUGUAAACUUCAGCUGCCCGCAAUUGGUACUGUACGCGCCACGCAAGAUCGGCGACAAGCUGUUCCACGCGGCCUUCAAGGACAAUAAAAAGGUGCGCGUGGUGGGCUUCGAAACGGCGGGCCACAUGCUGAGCGCCUUCCACAAGGUGUCGCCGAAGCCCAACCGCGGACCCGAGCAGCGCGUCGUGGCCGUCACGCUCGAUCAGAGUGGCGAGGCUGGCUCCAAGCUCGGGCUCGCUUUCAGCGUCAGCUUCUACGACGAGUUCGAGUUCAUGUCGAAGCGGCUCAACGGGUACGCGCUGUUCGAGCCGCUGCCCAACCCGGUGACGCAGCGCGAGAGUGUCGCUUGCCUACAGCUCGCUCUGGGCCAGGCGCACCUCGCAUCUGUGGCCGCCGAAACGACGUACGCCGAGAAGCCGUACAACAUAGUGACGCACCGAACCACCGAGGGUCCUUACCCGCUCGACAUGCCUUCGCACCGGUGGCUGAUGCUGAUCCGGCUGGGCGUCGGCUACUUGGUGCCUUUCUGCUUGAUUCUGUCACGCGUGGUGGAGGAGACGCAGCAGGGAAUGCGCGAGAAGCUGCGCUUGGUCGGCCUCCGUGCCCCCGUAUAUCGCCUGGGUCAUUGGAUGGCCGGCUUCUUCUCUGGCCUCGUGAGCGUCGUCAUGGUCAUGGCGUACAUGACUGCCGUAGAGAACACCGGUGAUAACGGCUCGCAGGCUUCCCUGGACGACACAAGCAAGCCGGUGGUUCUCAUCUGCUUCGCCCUCUUCACGGCUCAAUACAUUUCGAAGGCGAUGCUUAUCGCGCUCUUCUUUAGAGACACAGUACUGGGCGUGGUGUUCGCCGUGGUGUACUGGCACAUCAGCUACGUCAUGCCAUGCAUACUUCUAGAAGAUAUGCAAGGUCGCGCGGCCCACUAUAUUCUCUUGGAUCGCUGGACAAAGCUCCUCACCUCAACGCUGCCAUGCGUUGGCAUGCACUGGUGCUUCCGCAUCAUAGGCUGUGCUAACGUUGUCGGGGAGCAGUAUGCAUUCACCUCUACUACAUCUUCUGUACUGGAACUGGACAACGUCACGAUGGUCGAGAUCUGGAGUGUCAUGCUGAUUGACAGCAUCGUCAACAUCAUCCUGGGCUGGUACCUCAGCCACGUUCUCACCUGGUACAUUGGCGUGCCGUACGUGCCCUGGUUCCCUCUCACGUACCAAUACUGGUUCGCCACACCGAAGGGCAAGUUCCAGCCGAUUCAGCCAUCCAUUCCCGAUGGAGUGCACUUCGAGACGUAUCCAGUGGACAAGGAAGAGGCCGUCUUUGUCAACAAGCUGGAAUAUGAGAAGAAGCAAAAGCACGUUCUGCGAGACACGAGCUUCAAGGCGUACCAGGGGGAAAUCAUGGUCAUUUUGGGCCCCAGCGGUGCCGGAAAGACAGCGCUGGUGAAUAUAAUCAGCGGGAGUGCGGUGGCUACCCAGGGUCAGGUUAUCGUGAACGGCUACGACGUGGCCGUGCAGACUGCGCGCGCACGCCAGACGAUGGGCGUAGUGCAGCAGCGUGACGUGCUCUUCUACGACCUGACCGUGGCCGAGCACUUGGUUUUCUUCGGUGCACUGGCGGGACUCUCCGGCGAGGCCCUGCUACGCCGCUGCGUCGAGCUUCAAGACAUGUUCUCGCUGGUCGACAUCGCCGAAGUGCGAACCAACCUACUUGCGGAGGCCCAGAAACGACGCUUGGCCAUCGCCAUAGCCAUAGUGGUCCCACGCAAGGUUCUGAUUCUGGACGAGCCUGUGCGUGGCAUGGAUGCGGCCUCGCGCAUGAACGUGUGGCAGGUGCUGGACAAGCUGAGGCCAACAACGUGCAUCAUCAUCACAACGCCCGAGGUCGAGGCUGUCGAAGUGAUCGCCGACCGCAUCGCCGUCCUGGGCUACGGGGCUCUCAAGUGCUGCGGCCGCACUGGGUUCCUGCAACGGCGCUAUGGCACCGGAUACAACGUUACCAUUCAAAAGGGCCCCAAGUUCGAAACAAAGCGUACCUUACAGGCCCUUCAGGUGAACGUGGUCACCAUGCAGGACGUUUUCACUCGGUUGAUUCUGGAGCUGGACGCGGCGAACGUCGAGUCUAGGCGCCGCGCAGCGUCCUUGGCGCGGCGCAGCUCUCUGAAGUCACACACGGGCGCAGCCACCGAGUUCGAGUACUCGCAACGAGACAUCAUCCCCACCGAAAACCUGGGCGGCGUGUCCGAAGUCGAGGAGUACGAGUCGUCGGUGCAGAUCGAGCAGCACUUGAAAAGCAUCUUCGACCUGAAGGCCAGCACGCCGACGUUCGUGCAGACGCUGGCCGCCAUGAUCGAGAAGCGUCGCAACUACACGUGGCAGACGUUCGCGUUGCCCGUCCUUUGCUGGCUGCUGCCGGCCGCCCUCAUGUUCGUCGAGUGUCAGUCGGAGAAACGCCUCGGCAACCAGCUGGCGGUCAGUUUUGCGGGCGACCGGAUGACGUACGACUUGCCCUUGCUGCACCCGGGAUCCACUGUGUUCGUCUCGGCCGACAAAGCGUCUGAGCCUUUCAAGCGAGAAUAUCGGCGGUACCUGGACAGGCAGGACACAGAGGUCAAGGACGUCCCCAACGUGCAAGGUCUCAUGAUGGAGUUCAAGAAGUCGCGCACCGCCUUCCGCGAGUACAUGGCCGGCGCCGAGUUCCAGGCGGGCCCUGACAACAACACGGCGGGCAAGGCUGUUGCGUGGUACAACGGCGACUCCUACCACACACAGUCGGCGUCCCUGGCGGCCGUCGGCACUGCGCUUCUCAGGAAGAUCUCGGGUGACGACGACGCCAUGAUGGUGACCGUUCUGCGGCCUCUCAGGACGGACAACGACACGGUCGCUUCACACAGCGCGCAAAACCUUCGCUACGCCGACGAGCUGUCGGCCCUGCUGUCCUCGCGCGUGCUUCGCAUGGUCCUGCUGCCGGCCACAACUUCGGUGGUGGCGGCCAGCUUCGUCCUUUUCCCGAUCGAAGACCGCGUCACCAAUUCCAAGACAAUGCAACUAGUCUCAGGCGUGCACCCGUUCAUCUACUGGCUGGGCAACUACGUCUGGGACAUGGUGCUCUCCCUAGGGGCGCUCCUCGUGCUUUUCAUUCCCAUGUUCAUCUGCCACUCGGAAUUCAUGAGCAUCGCGAUAACCAUGGUAAUGGUGUUUCUCAGCUACGUCCACAGCAUACUGGCGCUCACCUACUGGUUCUCCUUCGUCACUGACUCCGUGAUCAGCGGCUUUCUGAUUGUGAAUGCAAUCAAUGCCCUCUCAGGAACCGUGAGCACCAUGGGCUACCAGUUGGUGAUGAUCGCGCAAGAACAAGGUUCCAAGCACUUGAUCUCGCUCACCCAGCCAUGGGACCCACUUUUGAUGGCCCUGUACCUACUGCCUCCAUUCUCCUACACCUGGGCCAUCACCAAGGUUGCACAAAAGGUGAGCGAAGAUCGCUACUGCCAGGGCACGACGCAGAUGGUGCACGACGUGUGCGCCUACCUGCACAACAGCCCCGACGAAGGCGCCGUGCUUCUGACGAAUCUGCAAUACUGCUGCGCUACCUUCUACGCCAGCAACGGAAAGACAGUCAGCCACCUCAGCCCAUUUGCAUUUCACAGGGACGCCGUUCUCGUCGAGCUCCUCGUCAUGCUCGUGGAAGGCUUUCUGCUGCUGGUGUUGCUUGGCUUGUUGGAGCACGGCAUGCUGCGGUGGUUCCGAUCGGGUUCCCAAACACCGGCAGCACCGGCUCAGGGUUUGCGCGAGGGAGUGGCCGAGGAGAGGAAGGUCGUGGAGAAGAUAGUCGCCGGCAAUGACUUCACGAAACCGAGGCUCGUUAUACUCGACAUUCGCCAGAACACCAACAACCGGCAGGUACUUCGAGGGUUGACGUUCCACGUGGAUCCUGGCGAGACGUUCGUCGUGCUCGGUCUGCGAGGCUGCGGCAAGACGACGCUCCUGGACAUCCUGUCCGGCGUGCUGCCGCCCACAUCGGGCACCGCGCUGAUUGGCCAUACGCUGCUCAGCAACACGUCCGCCUGGCAGCAGCGCAUCGGCGUCUGUCCUCACUACGACGGAGUGCUCGGUCGGCUGACGGUGCGCCAGACGCUGACGCUGUACGCCCGCGUGCGUGGCAUGACGGGCGACACCAUCAACAAGAUGCUCGAGCACAUGAUCUCGCUGCUCAACCUUGGCGCCGUUGUCGACAAUACCGUAGACUCGACAAGCGCAGUGACUCGCCGCAAACUUGCUGUGGCCAUAGCCAUCGUCGGCCUUCCUCCAGUCGUGCUCAUGAAUGAUCCUGCCACGGGACUCGACACGAUAUCCAAGCGAAAGAUCUACCGUUCCAUACAGAUCUUGAAGCAGCUGGUCAAGUCGGCAAUCUUGAUUGUGACGCAAAGUGUGUCGGACUGCGUGGUCAUCUCGGACCGCAUGGCCAUUAUGCUGAAUGGCCAGUUCCAGUGCUUAGGCAGCAUCGGUGAUCUCCGCAAGCGGUACUGCAAAGGCUCUAUGAUCCUCGUCAAGCUGAAGCCAUCGGUGUUCCAAAAUACCGCUAUCAUUAGCACCAUACACGCACAGGUGCAGGCAGCAUUUCCUGGUUCGGUGUAUAUGGGUCGUCUGUCAAUGGCACUGGAGUACUCCACCGAGUUGAAGAUGCCGUGGAGCACCGCCGUGGUAACCGCCCACAACCUGAAGCAGCAACUAAGCGACAGCGCGAUCGACGUCAUCUUGAGUGACGUCUCUAUGGAGCACGUGCUUCUCAAGAUGGCCAAGUACGAGGACGUCAAACCGGUGGUCGUCGCCGUCGCGUGA